CGAAUGCUGAAAUUAACGGCAAAGGCUUUUGUUUCCAGGCCAUGUAUAGACUAAUCCCUUUUAUAAUUUUAUACAAACAAAGUUAUAUUAGGCCAGAUAAAGCAGUUGUUUUGUAAAUAUGUCGGUAGUUUAAUAAACUUUUUGUAUUGUAAAAAUAUGGUAGUUGUUUAAUGGUAAUAUCAAAUUUGGAUGGGGUUUAUUUUAGCCAGUUUGUUGCUUAAAGUUGACAAUCACUACUUAAAAAAGCUCAAUGUACUUUUGUCACCUCCAAAUGCUCUGGGGAAAAAUGUUGCAGAACUUGCUGGACGAUUAGGUUUUACUAUUUCUGAGAUUGACUAUAUUUCAGAAAAAUCGUACCCUUUUAUAUAUAUGCUAGAGUCAUGGGUACGAAAAAAUCAAAAUGCUACAUUGCAGGUUUUAAGGAAUGAGAUUUAUGAUAUGGGAAGAUUAGAUGCAGUGGAAGUUUUAGAUGAUGCUGUUAAAGCAAUACAAGAGAAUAACAUAGAAAGUGAUGUUGGGAUCGCAUCAAAUCAAGAAUCAUUAAAACGGUUUGCAUCUAACACUACAUUGUUGAGUUUAGAAAGUUCACAGUCUGCUUUUUCUGAAAAUUUAAUUUUAAAUAGUACACAUGAUGAUUCAAUAAGAAAGGCUUUCGAUAAAUUAAAGUUUGAUGAUCUUGCUCCUAUGAUAUAUGUUGUUUAUUAUCCUGAUAACGAAAACCAUAAGAGAAAUGUGUUCAAGUUUGUACAAAUUCUUCAAGAAAAAUAUAAAAUUAAUGCUUCAACAGCUGAUGAUGUUGAUAUCAAUAAAGCAUCAUACAUAGAUCAAAAAUUUAAUCAAGCCAAUUAUGUUUUAUUAGUUUGCAGUCCAGGUUUAAAAUUUUGCUUUAAAUCUGAUGAGAACCCAAAUUCAAUACUUCAGCUGGUGGCUAAUUCUGAAAAAUCCAAAGAAAUAUCGUUUGUUAGCAAAUUGAUUCUAAAUGAUAUAUUUGCUCAAAAGAAUUUAUCAAAAUAUAUUCCCAUUUUAUUAACUAAUUUAUGUAACGUUGAUAGUAUUCCUCUUGUAUUGCAAGGUGCAACAAAAUACAAAUUUCCCGAAGAGCGAAAAAAACUUAUUAACAGAAUUUUGAAAAGAGAAAAUUUUGUACUACCUGUGAUGCCGAAAAAAAAUGUUGGUGUUAUAAAUACAAAAACCUUAUAUGGUGGGGGUUUGUUAAAGUUAUCGAUUUCAACGUGAUAUUGUUAAUAUAAUCAAUUUCAAUUCAAAAUGCUUACUUUGUUAAGACACGUUAAUGUUUUUUUAUUUCUUCAAAUUUUUACAUAGAUGUAAUCAAUGGCCACUCAAACACAUUUUACUUUGCGACAUAAGACAUUUUACUUGGUUGAGGUUUUUUAAAAUGUUAAAAAUCAACUCACUGAGAAUCUGUUUCCUUCUAGCAAUGUAAAUAUCAACUCACGGAGAAUCUGUUUCCUUCUAGCAAUGUUUUUAAUAAGAAGCAUCUAAAGAUAAACAUUAAAACACAAUGGUGCAAAGAAUAAAAAAAAUGAUGUAAAUAUAGUAUUAAAACUUAAUAAAUUACUAAAAAUAA